AAGUAGCUUUAAACCUGCUUGGGCAACCUGUGUUAAGUACGGUGGUUUGCAGUCUCCUUCCCUGUGGGAUGUGUGUGCCCAGCUCCGUUUAGCAGCCCGUCGUUAAUAUGCUGCUUCUCUGAAAAUAUGUAUUCACAAACAAACGCCAGGCACUCAGAAACCAGCAGCUCUUCUCCCAGUGGCCACUUCUGCCCACAAAACCUCAACUCAGUGCCCUCACAAACCCAGAGCCAGGGCUGUGAGUUGUAAGUCUGCAUUUUGGUUGGGUAUUAGGAACAAUUUCUUCUCAGAAAUAGUGGUGAUACACUGGCACAUACUGCCCAGGGAGUGUGGGGGGGUCACUAUCCCUGGAGGUGUUCAAGGACUGUGGAGAUGUGACACUGAGGGAUGUGUUUAUGGGCAUGAUGGGGGUGGGUUGGUAGUUGGACUUGGUAAUCUUAGUGGUCUUCUCCAAUCUUAAUGAUGAUUCUAUGAUUCUGUUAUUCUCCCAUGUUUCAUCUCUUCCUCCAAGCACCAGGUUACACAGAAUUACGAGCAGUGCCUCUCUGACCCCGGCUGCCAUGCCCAGAGCAAAGCCCUCUGCCCAUUUGUACAGGGAUGACAUUUCACAGAGGUUUCAUUCUCUGCCCAGAAAGGGACUCCCAUAAAAUAUUUUUAACAAGAACAGUUUGAUCAUUUCCUGCAGUUACUGAAAAACCUCUCCCCAGAUGCUCCUGUCAGGAAAUCAGUUCUCAGCAGAAAUAAAAGUCUGCCAACACUUUGACUGAAAACACUCAAUUUUUCUUCUGAUCCCUUUAGCCCUUUCCCCUUGGGAAGGGCAGCUGGAGCUGGGCAGCCAGAGCAGCACCUCGUUUACCUGCCUGCCCGGCCCUACAAUCCCCUUACAGCACUCCUGGGGAUUAUUUUCAUCCCAGCAGUGGGAGCAGUGCAGGCUGCGUGGCUGCCAUGCAGAGGAACAGCCCCACAUGCAUGGACAAAGUUGUGAAACUCAACAUAAAUUCUCUACAAAGGGCACCUCCUGCAGCCCCAAGGCAUUCAAUGUCAUUCCAAAACUGAUUUUCUUCUUCUCAAAAGAUUGGGGCUGAGCAAUUUGGGCAAGGAUUGCAGGCUUGCAAUUUUACCAAAAGUCCCCCAGGAUUUAUACGGAUUUCCAGGAAUUUGAGCUUUGCUUGAAGUCAGAGCAGACCAAGCUAUUAAAAAGUCGUUUUUCUCCUCCAGGCAGCCCUGUGCCCGGGUGGGGGCAGUAGGUCUCCAGCACCCCUGAGAGCUGAGCCCCUCCAGAGGGGUUCCCAUGGGGCAGAGGAAGGCAGGGAGCUCAUCCCAAUAUCUACCAGCAGCUCAGCCCCCCGGUCCAGGCACUCCUGCUCUGUGUGUACACAGAAGUCACAUGGAAACACAGCUUUCCUAGAGAGCUUCAGGCUUCUAGAAACAUGGAAAGGGAAAAUAUUUAUGAGCAAGCAAAAGCAAUGUGUUGAAGCAAACACGGCUACUUUUGAAAAGCAACCGUCCAAAGCAGAUCUGUCUGAAAGGUCACACUGUCUUUCCGAGUACAGCUGAGGGUGUCAGAAUGCACAUGCAUUUUUUUGUUUAUAUCUCGCCAAGAACAAUAUAAAACUGCCUGGCACCUAUGGCUGAUUUAUGGCAGUGGCCCAGGAGGUGCCGGAGCUGACACUUGUUCAUUGAUCUAUGGCCGAAUCAUGCAAAACCAGACAUCCUGCUGUAAAUCCUCCGUGGAGACCUGCCUUGAUUUACACUGCUGGCACUAUAAAUAAUGACAAAACGCACCCUGAUAGCAGUCUGUCUCCCUAUACGUGGGCAUGAAUUAGACUGUGUCUUGAAGAUGACAGAUCUACUGUGAGAGAAGCAUUUUGCCCAGGGUCCCUCUCUGCCAGCCUGUAGCAGAAAGGAUGCCCCGGCCUUACUCCCAGCAUAACCCCAAGCAGUACUCCAGGCCUCAUUUUUCUUUUUACCCUCAAUGCAAAUGCAGACAUUCCUUGAAUUGUUCCACACGAAUGUCUUGUGAAGAUUUAAAGUGGGGUUCCUGUCGAGAGGUUUGUGGUUCCUUCCCAGAUCACCUCGUGUAGCACAGCCUGCAAGCAGUGCUCUCUGAAAACACCCGGCGCUCUUUGAAGUUCCUUUUUUUGUUUGCAGAAUAAAGCCACUGCUUUGCCAUGGGAAAGGGGAGCUCACCCAUUUCACUGACAGCAAAACAACCCUUUGCUUUUGUACCUUCCUUUCUUGCCUUUUGCUCGCCUCUUUUCCCAUGGAAAACAAGACCCCCGGAAAAGGGACAAAGUAGAAUUACGGACUCCAGCAAUGUAACCCCAGUGAACACCCAAUGCACUUUCCACCGUUCCAAAACCAGCUUUCACUGAGCAGCAAUCAGCCAUCAAACCACGCUGCCUUCACCCCCACGUCCCCCACAAGCAGGGCGAGGUGCAGCCUCAGCGCUCAGCUCCUUCCCUCACCAACAGCACCUGCCAUCCUGGAGGAAAACAACCUGGUACAGGAAACCUUUGCUUCCCCACGCCAUUUGAAUAGCCUCGAUGUACACAGAAAUACAGCAGGAGCACUCUGACAGUGGGAGCAUCCUGACUCACCCAGACUACAUAGAUGGGAACCCAGACCUGAUCAAACCUAAAAAGCUUCUCAACCCUGUCAAAGCCUCCAAGAGCCAUCAGGAGCUGCACCGAGAACUGCUGAUGAACCACAAGAGAGGCUUGAGUGUAGACAGCAAGCCAGAGUUGCAGAGGGUGCUUGAGCACCGACGUCGAAACCAGGUCCUCAGACAGAAGAAAGAAGAGGAAGAGGCCAAGAAGUUGCAGUCUCCCUUUGAAAAAGAGCUGCUGAAGAGGCACCAGCGACUGGAUCAGCUGGAGAAACAGCAUGAGAAGCAGGAAGAUCAUGCACCAGAAUUCAUUAAAGUCAAAGAAAAUCUGAGAAGAACAUCAACAGUAACUGGGGAAGAGAAAGCAGCGUAGCUUCUGCCAAAACCUACCAAGGCUGAUGUUUCUGUACAUGGACACUCACAGCCACAUCUUUGGGGCUACUCAUGUCAUUAACACUUGCUCCAGUAGAAGGCACAAAAAAGCUUUUCCCAUCCCAGGAAGGUCUCAUGAUCGAAAAGGUGCAGUACUCACUGAAGAGGACCUCACACGAGGUGGUGCAGAGCGAAGUGAUGUCCCUUUCCUCCCCAGUUGUGGGAGCACACUAACCUCCAGCUAACUCCUGGUUAAUCCUCACGAUGCGGCCAAGGUGUGAGCCAGGGCAGUCAGCAGAGAGAUGGGCAUUGCCGUGGGCUGGGGGACCUGCAUCCCCUGGAGGUGGGCUCACCAAGCAGGGCAGCCACCAAGCAGGAGGCCGGCUGCAGCUUUGGAAAUCUCCUGGCAAAUCAGCAUGGUGUGUAAAGGGACAAUCUAUGUAUCACUGGGAACAGCCCAAGGGUUACUGGCAUUGCAGCACCACGCAAGACAAACAGUGCUAUCACACUGCGAGAAAAAUCAACUCCUGAGUACCCACACCAGUUCAGCAUUGGAAGGCCAGGUGUCACUUGUUCUUCACGAGCAUCUUUAAGCUGCAUUUCAACUUGCUUGUAAAUAGCUAUUGAGCUGUUUGCCCUGUUCCAUGCUUAGGCAUAAAAUACGCAGAACUUCCCAUGAAAGCCCCAGAUGAGAGGCAAAUGCUCCAUGCAGGAAUCUGGGGGCUCAGCAUGGUUAUAAGUGGAAGCAUGUAGUGAGCAGUCAGCAGGCUCCUGUGGAUCUGGCAAAGAGAAGCAGAGAUGAACUGCUUCGUGCCUCCCUGCUGAGCCUCAGACCCACACCCUGGACAUGUGCUACUGCAGUGGCCAGCAAAACCUGUCCUGUGAUGCCAUGCUGAUGUCAGGACGCUGGCAGGGUUCACAGCUGGCACGAGCACGUGUUGUGGGCUACAGGGCAUGGAGGUACUGCUGCAAAGCUGCUUCUCAGUGCUCCUCAUCCCUUCUUCCAGAGGACAGUGUUGCCUCACUCCAGUUGCCAUGUCACAAAGGUAAACAUCUUCUUGCUGCUGACAGAGCAAAGCUGAAAUACAUGGUGCCUUUGCACCAUGGAUGGAUGGAGCACAUCACAUUUAUGAGGCACUCAUGCCCUGAGAUGUUCACAUGUAGAGCUAAAAUUGCUUCUUCAGGUAGAUCCCAGCUUCUCUCAGUCUUGCUACAAAGCCUCUACAGCAAAACUCACUGACUGCCUUCAAACACUGGCUCUUAAACAGCAAGAAUUAACAGGCAUGGUCAGCUGAGAAGUUAAACAGUGUCCACCAUCCACAUGUUCAGUGGAUCCAUAUGUGAAUUAAGGGAAAGGGAGCAUUUAUCACAUCUUUAUCAAGGAGCUACUAACCCAUUCCCCAGAUCCUCUGGCCCAGCAGGGUGUUUCAUUUCAGAGGAUGCUGCUCAGCCUGGCAGCUCAACUAAAGCAUCUGAGCCGUAUCACACGUCAUGAGCAGCAGUACAGGUAUGGGGGCUCUGGACAGUACUACAUCACAAACCUCUUGGCCUGGUCUCAGCCCUUGGGAGCCCCGUCUCAUAGCACUGCCCCUGUGGCAGCUCUUAGCCUCUCACCCAUCACGCUUAUUCUAAAGAGGCUGUUGUUUCAGAAAUCCAGUGCGUAUGGUCCUUAUGGAUCAAACAAGAUCUGACAGGAUUUGUUAUGUCUUUUCCCACUGUGAAGCUUUUCAUAUAGCCUGUAAUUAAAACCAUGAGGGAGAAGCAGCACUGAGCAUUUAUUCAGGCAGAAAAAAAAGCCAAAUUCCUGUAAGAGAAAAAUAUUUUGCUAAGGAUGCUUGUACAGAGCUGCAGAGAAUGCUUUACAAUACUCCAUCGAUUAUCAGUUUCAGUAACAAAUCAGAACAUACCGAGCUGUGUUUUUGUGAGCAGUUAUGACACAGAUCAAGUAACCUUGAUCAAAGAGCUUCAAAAAAUUAAGCAAAUUAAUUUGUAAUUUUGCCACAGAUGGAAAUGCACUCCAGAAGAGACAAUCUGUCAUUCCAUAUGCACCGGUGAAAUCAGCGCUAUUGGCUCUCCUUGCCUGGGACAGGGGCACUUACAGAAGACCUUGGGUGGGAAGCUGAGUGCUCAGUGCAGGUGGAAAACAUUUGGCUGUUAUCUUCUUGAAUAUUUGGUAUUAUCUGAAAAAAAUCAAGGUGUCUUCCUUUCACCUGGUGUCCAUCAAGCAUGGAGAGGGGCUGCAGUGUGGGAUUGCUGAGUGGCGUCAAGUGUCCAGAAAGGAAAGGGGUGGCCAAAUAGCACUGUCCUAACAAACAUUAUGCUAAUAGAGCCCAAAGAAAUCCUUCCAGAUGUGGAGAAACAACAGAGUCCGAAACAGGCAGAGCAGAGAAGACAAGACCCAACACUGCAGGACCCCAGCAACCCCAGUGGACGUUCCCAGCAAGAGAUUUUGGGAUAUCUUUGUGCGUCCUUUCCUUUUAAAUGAAUUCCUGAAUUUGGGGCCUACCCCGUGUCCCUAGAACACGCUCCUUAAUAAAUGUGGUGUAUCCGGAUACAGAUGAUCAGAAUAUUCACAGAAGACAAUUUUUUGCACGGUGUAUGUGGUGUAUAGUUUCUAUUGUGUUGGUGUUCAUACAUAUAUAUAAACGCAUGUUGUGCAACUACUGUUAACAGUCACUGCUCACACUGCUUAAUGAGGACAGUUCUGAAGAAAUAAACCACCAGCCCACCCCCC